CAUCUAACGAAUGCAGCGUAGCGCUGUCAGCUAGCAGGCAGACACUGAACAACAGACCAGACCUAUCUAACUCACGCAGCGCAGUCAGCUAGCAGACAGACACUGAACAACAGACCAGACCUAUCUAACUUACGCAGCGUAGUCAGCUAGCAGACAGACACUGAACAACAGACCAGACCUAUCUAACUCACGCAGCGCAGUCAGCUAGCAGACAGACACUGAACAACAGACCAGACCUAUCUAACUCACGCAGCACAGUCAGCUAGCAGACAGACACUGAACAACAGACCAGACCUAUCUAACUCACGCAGCGCAGUCAGCUAGCAGACAGACACUGAACAACAGACCAGACCUAUCUAACGCACACAGCGCAGUCAGCUAGCAGACAGACACAUUAGGACUGAACGACAGACCAGACCCAUCUAACUAAUGCCGCGCAGCGCUGUCAGCUAGCAUGGCAGGGACAGAGACUAAGCCUGAUAAUACCAGACAGUCAGGGGAUACUACGACCUGAACAACAGACACACUUCUUCUCAGGAGAAACUACAGCCUGAACAACAGACAAGCACAUUAGGACUUCUUCUAAACCACACAUGGGACUGUAAAUACUUGAUCCGGUCCAGACGAAACAGAACUGAAUCAGAAUGAAGCUCAUCAAGCACAUUCCACUGCUACAGAUCCUGUUCCUUUCACAGAUUGUGGCGAGUGUCGGACUGCAGAGAGCUCCUCGCAUCACAACCCUGCUGGAGACCUUGGACAUCCUCUUGGAUCACAACGCCACGUUCAUCUGUGAAGUUGACUCCCGACCAUCAGCUGAUGUCACGUGGACACGGAACAACCACCCAAUCCCAUACUAUGAAUCUCGCUACACGAUCAGGGAGAAUGGCCAGAUGCUAUUGAUCCCCAACGUCAAAGAGUCGGAUAACGGGGAGUACUGCUGUGUUGCUAACAACGGCAUCGGAGAGCCGGCCAAGAGCUGUGGAGCCCUGCAGCUUAAAAUGAAGCCUCAGAUAAAAAGACACCCCACCAACAUGACGCUACUGAUUGAGUCCAAGGCCGUGUUGCCCUGUGUGACGCUAGGAAACCCCAAACCAGACAUCUCCUGGAUCAAAGAUGAUGCUCUUAUGACGGUGAGUGAUCGGAUCACGAUUCUGGAUUAUGGCACUCUGAAGAUCCAUAACAUCAAGAAGGAAGACGCGGGGCAGUACCGUUGUGUGGCCAAGAACAGCUUCGGGAUCGCCUUCUCCAAACCAGUCACCAUAGAAGUACAGGCCCCAGCCCGGAUCCUCAGGGUCCCUAAGGAUAAGAGAGUGACCUUCGGCAGCGAGGUCUCUCUGGAGUGUAACGCCACUGGAAACCCUAUCCCCGCCAUCACAUGGUUGGAGAAUGGGAAUACCGUUCCGGGUGGCUCUGUGGAGGAGACGUUAGCAGGAGAGGUGAUUCUGUCUGUGCUACACAUCACGGUGACUAAACCUGCUCGCUACACAUGUCUAGCCUCCAACAGACACAGCGCUGGGGCCAAGUCUGCCAAAUCUUCAGCCGGAGUCACUGUCCAAGAGUGGAGGCUGUAUAAAGGCAGUGGGGGUUAUUGUGGUGCGUACCGUGGUAAUGUGUGUCGGGACAUGUUAAGGAGCGAUGCCCUGGUCUUCUUUAACUCCUCCCUCAACGACCCCGAGGACACACAGGAGUUCAUGGUUCAGAGCGCCUGGGCGGAUCUCGACAGACUGGGCAUGCUCUGUAGCCCUGCCGCCCACUCCCUGCUCUGUCAUCUCUCCUUCCAGGACUGCAUCCCGUCUGGCCUGGGACCUGUUCCUAAACCAAUCUGCAGGGAGCACUGUCUGGCAGUGAAGGAGCUCUACUGUCGUAAGGAGUGGCCCCUGAUGGUAGGGAACUCCCAUAAAGGCCAGUACUCCUCUGGCUCCUCCGGCCUCUCUAUCCCCAUGCCUGACUGUAUGGCCCUGCCCUCACAACACACAACACCAGGAGCCUGCACACCCAUCCCCUUUGUCGAUAUAAAGAAAGAUCAAGUCACAACAACAUGUUACAAUGACAAAGGAAGGUUCUACCAAGGACCAGUCAACAUCACCAGCUCUGGUAUCCCCUGUCAGAAAUGGAGCCAACAGGGUCCCCACCUGCACCGUCUCAGUGUGGAUGUAUUAUCAGAGCUGAGGAACGCACAGAGCUCGUGCCGGAACCCCGGAGGAGAAAAUGAGAAGCCCUGGUGUUAUACAACCAACCCCAACAUCCGCUGGGAAUACUGCAACAUUCCCAAAUGUGGAGAAGUGGUAGUGAAGACGGAGUCAUCGUUCCCUCGCCAGAAUCCUCCCCUCCUCCCUCCCUCCGUCUCUCCGGCCUACUCUAUGAUCAUCAUCAUCUGUCUACUAGCAGCCUUCGCAGCCAUAGCGUUCCUCAUCAUCAUCAUGUGCAAGAGGAGGAGGAAGACAUGGAAGAACCACAAGACAGCCAUGGAGACCCCCACCCUGACUGCCUUACCCUCUGAGAGUCUGCUGCUGGAUCGCCUCCACCCCAACCCCAUGUACCAGCGCCUGCCCCUACUGCUUAACUCCAAGCUGCUGGCUCUAGAGUAUCCCAGGAACAACAUUGAGUAUGUCAGGGACAUCGGAGAGGGGGCCUUCGGACGGGUCUUCCAGGCCAGAGCCCCAGGUCUCCAGCCCAUUAAGCCCUUCACCAUGGUAGCAGUGAAGAUGCUGAAGGAAGAAGCAUCUGCUGACAUGCAGAACGACUUUCAGAGAGAAGCCGCUCUCAUGGCUGAGUUUGACCACCCCAACAUCGUCAGGCUUCUAGGUGUUUGUGCGGUGGGGAAGCCCAUGUGUCUGAUGUUUGAGUACAUGUCUUACGGAGACCUGAACGAGUACCUGCGCCGCCGUAGUCCCACCCAGCAACACAGCCUGAGCCAGGCCAGCCUAUCAGGACGCAGCUUCUCCUCCGAACUGGAGUUGGGGCCACUGUGCUGCGAAGAACAGCUGUUCAUAUCCAAGCAGGUUGCGGCGGGCAUGGCAUACCUAUCGGAACGGAAGUUCGUCCACCGCGACCUGGCCACCCGGAACUGCCUCGUAGGAGAGGAGAUGGUGGUUAAGAUCGCCGACUUCGGUUUAUCCAGAAACAUCUACUCUGCUGACUACUACAAGGCCAAUGAGAACGAUGCUAUCCCCAUCCGCUGGAUGCCCCCGGAGUCCAUCUUCUACAACCGUUACACCACGGAGUCGGACGUGUGGGCCUACGGGGUCCUUCUCUGGGAGAUCUUCUCCCACGGCAUGCAGCCGUACUACGGCAUGGCCCAUGAAGAGGUCAUCUACUACGUUAGAGAUGGCCACAUCUUGGCCUGCCCUGAGAACUGUCCUGUAGAACUGUUCAAUCUGAUGAGACUGUGUUGGAGCGGACACCCCACAGACAGACCCAGCUUCAGUAGUAUCCAUCGUAUCCUGGAACGGAUUCACGAGCAGACGCUGAGACCGGCCAUGCCGACGCCAGAGUUAAGGCCCACUCUAUCCACCCUGCCAACCUUGCCUGCCUUGCCUAACCUAUCUCCCUUUUCCCCCCACCCUGCCCUGUGCCCUGUGCCCGGGGCCGUAGCCAAUUGAUUGAUACGGCAAGCUGCCAGGCAUUUACUCAAAUGUACAGUCAUUAGUGAUUUUAAUAGAUCCUGUCCCUCCCCAGAGCAAAAAUCUCUGGAUCCUGUGUCGUCUCAGACUCAAAUAAUGUUGGUCAGGACAGGGGGCAUCAUUGUUCAUAUCCACUGAUUCAUGGUGAAGAAGACCAGCGAUAGUAGAAAUGAAUGUUGUUGGUCAGGACAGGGGCAGCAGACUGAUGAAAUGACAUGAACUAAGUAUAGUGCCAAGACAACUGGAUAUUUAGGAGAGGCUGAUAUCGGAGAAGAAGUCGUGAUUACGAGCUGUUAAUCCUCCACUGCUUUCCCUUAAACUGACAUCUGCUUCACUGGUUCACUUCUGUUUCAAACUGAUUCACUGCUUCAAACGGGUUCACUUCUGUUUCAAACUGAUUCACUGCUUCAAACGGGUUCACUUCUGUUUCAAACUGAUUCACUGCUUCAAACUGGUUCACUACUGUUUCAAACGGAUUCACUGCUUCAAACUGGUUCACUUCUGUUUCAAACGGAUUCACUGCUUCAAACGGGUUCACUUCUGUUUCAAACUGAUUCACUGCUUCACCUCUCCCAUGCCUGGAAAAAUAUUUUAGAAACAAUCACCUGAUAAAGUCCAAGAAACAGAGCUGCAGCUGAACAGAGACCGUGUUAUUAAUUCACAUGGAACAAGAGACAGAGCUUCAGAUGAACAGAGACCGUGUUAAUCCACAUGGAACUCAUUGCCCAUACUCUAUAUAAACGUGAAUGUUUCUACUGUGAAGUAAGCCAUGGGAAUAUGCAUCCAUUCAGCUGCCACAUCUGUGAGCUCAAAGCUGACUAGAAGGGUAUCAUUAGAGGCGGAUGACAGAGGUUAGAGAGCUAAUGUACAGAUAGUACAGUCAAUUCAUACAGUACAUAACUAGUACAGUCAAUUCAUUCAGUACAUAACUAGUACAGUCAAUUCAUUCAGUACAUAACUAGUACAGUCAAUUCAUUCAGUACAUAACUAGUACAGUCAAUUCAUUCAGUACAUAACUAGUACAGUCAAUUCAUACAGUACUUCACUAGUACAGUCAAUUCAUUCAGUACAUAACUAGUACAGUCAAUUCAUUCAGUACUUCACUAGUACAGUCAAUUCAUUCAGUACUUAACAAGUACAGUCAAUUCAUUCAGUACAUAACUAGUACAGUCAAUUCAUUCAGUACAUAACUAGUACAGUCAAUUCAUUCAGUACUUCACUAGUACAGUCAAUUCAUUCAGUACUUAACUAGUACAGUCAAUUCAUACAGUACUUCACUAGUACAGUCAAUUCAUUCAGUACAUAACUAGUACAGUCAAUUCAUUCAGUACUUCACUAGUACAGUCAAUUCAUUCAGUACAUAACUAGUACAGUCAAUUCAUUCAGUACAUAACUAGUACAGUCAAUUCAUUCAGUACCUAACAAGUACAGUCAAUUCAUUCAGUACUUAACUAGUACAGUCAAUUCAUUCAGUACUUAACUAGUACAGUCAAUUCAUUCAGUACUUAACAAGUACAGUCAAUUCAUUCAGUACUUAACUAGUACAGUCAAUUCAUUCAGUACUUCACUAGUACAGUCAAUUCAUUCAGUACUUCACUAGUACAGUCAAUUCAUACAGUACUUCACUAGUACAGUCAAUUCAUUCAGUACAUAACUAGUACAGUCAAUUCAUUCAGUACAUAACUAGUACAGUCAAUUCAUUCAGUACCUAACUAGUACAGUCAAUUCAUUCAGUACCUAACUAGUACAGUCAAUUCAUUCAGUACCUAACUAGUACAGUCAAUUAAUUCAGUACUUCACUAGUACAGUCAAUUCAUUCAGUACUUCACUAGUACAGUCAAUUCAUUCAGUACUUCACUAGUACAGUCAAUUCAUUCAGUACUUCACUAGUACAGUCAAUUCAUUCAGUACAUAACUAGUACAGUCAAUUCAUUCAGUACUUAACUAGUACAGUCAAUUCAUUCAGUACUUAACUAGUACAGUCAAUUCAUACAGUACUUCACUAGUACAGUCAAUUCAUUCAGUACUUAACUAGUACAGUCAAUUCAUUCAGUACUUAACUAGUACAGUCAAUUCAUACAGUACUUCACUAGUACAGUCAAUUCAUACAGUACUUCACUAGUACAGUCAAUUCAUUCAGUACUUCACUAGUACAGUCAAUUCAUUCAGUACUUCACUAGUACAGUCAAUUCAUUCAGUACUUCACUAGUACAGUCAAUUCAUUCAGUACUUCACUAGUACAGUCAAUUCAUUCAGUACUUAACUAGUACAGUCAAUUCAUACAGUACUUCACUAGUACAGUCAAUUCAUUCAGUACUUCACUAGUACAGUCAAUUCAUUCAGUACAUAACUAGUACAGUCAAUUCAUUCAGUACUUAACUAGUACAGUCAAUUCAUUCAGUACUUAACUAGUACAGUCAAUUCAUACAGUACUUCACUAGUACAGUCAAUUCAUUCAGUACUUAACUAGUACAGUCAAUUCAUUCAGUACUUAACUAGUACAGUCAAUUCAUACAGUACUUCACUAGUACAGUCAAUUCAUACAGUACUUCACUAGUACAGUCAAUUCAUUCAGUACUUCACUAGUACAGUCAAUUCAUUCAGUACUUCACUAGUACAGUCAAUUCAUUCAGUACUUCACUAGUACAGUCAAUUCAUUCAGUACUUCACUAGUACAGUCAAUUCAUUCAGUACUUCACUAGUACAGUCAAUUCAUUCAGUACUUCACUAGUACAGUCAAUUCAUUCAGUACUUAACAAGUACAGUCAAUUCAUUCAGUACAUAACUAGUACAGUCAAUUCAUUCAGUACUUAACUAGUACAGUCAAUUCAUUCAGUACAUAACUAGUACAGUCAAUUCAUUCAGUACUUAACUAGUACAGUCAAUUCAUUCAGUACUUCACUAGUACAGUCAAUUCAUUCAGUACUUAACUAGUACAGUCAAUUCAUUCAGUACAUAACUAGUACAGUCAAUUCAUUCAGUACUUCACUAGUACAGUCAAUUCAUUCAGUACUUCACUAGUACAGUCAAUUCAUUCAGUACUUAACUAGUACAGUCAAUUCAUACAGUACUUAACUAGUACAGUCAAUUCAUUCAGUACAUAACUAGUACAGUCAAUUCAUACAGUACUUCACUAGUACAGUCAAUUCAUACAGUACUUCACUAGUACAGUCAAUUCAUUCAGUACUUCACUAGUACAGUCAAUUCAUUCAGUACUUCACUAGUACAGUCAAUUCAUUCAGUACUUCACUAGUACAUCAUUUAAACAUACUGACAAUAUGCCAUCACAUAGGCUCAGCAUAUUCCAGCAGCGAUAUUUAUAUAUAUAUGUACUGUAGGUUUAGCUUAUUUUUAGACAAAUAGCUAUUCCACUUUUGGGCAUUCUCAUUAUGUUGUACUAUUGGUCCUUUUUUAAACUUGUAUACUUUAUCGACACAUUUAGAUAGAAUGAUGCUUAUAGACUUGAGCACAGCUUUUUGUGUUGACUGGGUAGUGGUCUAGGUUAACAACGGUCCGUUUGAAAUGCAUUGCAACAAAUGUCUUCUAAUGAGCUGUUUGAAUUCUUAUGUGAAUUUCUGGAGAUUUGUUGGGUGUUGUGUUGGUUGUGGUGUUGAGUUGGAUAUUGGUUUGUGAAGAGUGUCAAUUAUUAUUUAAAGUUAAAUUAAACGUGUGUGAUCAUCAGCACAACAUUGAUUUAUAUAUAUGAUCAAUUAACUAAAAUGUUUUAAACCCCUUGUGACCUUUUUAAAAUGUGUGGUUCGAUAACGAUUUUUUCAAUAGAAUUGUUUUUGCUCAUCUCACAUAAACAAUAAUCCAUAAACCCAUGUAGUGUAGACACAUCACCACUUUACUAGCAGUAUAAAGAACCCUUAUUUCUGAGACUGUGUGUCCCAAAUGGCACUUUAUUCCCUACGUAGUGCACUGGAUAGGGAAUGGGGUAUAAUUUGAUUCCCUACAUAGUGCACUGAAUAGGGGAUGAGGUGUAAUUUGAUUCCCUACAUAGUGCACUGAAUAGGGAAUGAGGUGUAAUUUGAUUUCCUACAUAGUUCACUGAAUACUGGAUGAAUAGGGGAUGAGGUGUAAUCUGAUUCCCUAGUAAAUCAUAAUUGUUGUAUCUGUCAACAUGUUUGUUACAGAUCUUGUAUGAUAGAUGGCACUGUUUCACCACAAUCACCCUCAGUUCAAUAAACCUUUGGUCCAUAAAGAAAGUCUAGGGCACAUAAUUGUUCCAGCAUGUGCUCUUUCUCUGAAGUGAACAUAGACAACGUGGACACAAUAGAACUCUUUACCAAACCAACACACAGGAUUCACCACCUCCACCAGACAAACCAACAUAAAUGUUCCUCUAAUGAUUUUAACAGUUUGCAAAUAAACUGGAUUCAGAAAGUGAAGAAAAAGGCAACAUGCUCAACCAUGAGGAAUCAUUUACUGGAGUUUCUAGCUCUCCGUCGGUUCCCACCGCUUGUUAGCUAGCUGAACUUCCAAGUGUCUUGACUAGUUAGUGGACUAACGGUACCACUGGUGUUAGCAACCUCUUGGCUAAACCUCCAUCCGGUUUGUUUGGCAGUGCUGUUUCUUCAGCAUGUUACCCCACCAUUCAAACACCUUUUACCUCGAGUUACUUGGUUUACACACUACGUCUGCACUUGGUUUCUCAUGCUACGGCUCGACUAGCUGGCUAUCAUCACUCAGGCUAAUUAUCUAGCAUCCCUGUUGGCUCUACUUUAAUAAUACCGCCACCCUGGUAAAUAAAGCUUUCUGGUUCUGCUUCCCUGGCUCCUGGGGUUCUGCUUCCCUGGCUCCUGGGGUUCUGCUUCCCUGGCUCCUGGGGUUCUGCUUCCCUGGCUCCUGGGGUUCUGCUUCCCUGGCUCCUGGGGUACACUCCAUUCUGGAUUUACGGCACCUCAACAAGCAUCUGAGAGACAUUUCAAAUGCCAAAGCAUUGCAUGCUGUCAGAUUGGAACACGUGGUUCACCACAGUAUAGCUUAGGAAGUUUAUCCUGCAGGAGAUAUCUAAAGUUUCCCUUCAGGGGCAUAGCCUACGAAUAUCUCACCUUACCAUUCGGUCUGCCCCUUGACCCACGGACAUUCACCAAGUGUGCCGAAGCCCCCCUAGCCCCCCUAGCCCCCCUACAGGAUAGAGGCUUAAGAGUCCUGACGUACAUCGAUGACUGGUUGAUCUGGACAUUUGGGCUCAGGCAACGGAGCACACAGCCCAGCUGUUGUCGCACCUGCUUGCUCUAGGCUUCAGGAUAAAUUGUGCCAAAGGCUUGCUCUUCCCGACCCAGCAGAACAUGAUUAGGGGAUUGUCUCUGGACUCCGUAGCCUGUCGAGCAGCCCUCACCAUAGAGAGAGCCACGGCUUUUCGCCACUUCCUCUGUGUUUUGCCUGGAAACAUCAGUCACGUACUGGAUGUGUCUUCACAGGCAAUCAGUGUGUUUUACAAGUGUCCCAUAGUAAGAUGUCGAACCGGGUGGACUGAAAGAGAACUUUGGGUUAUGGUGUGUAACCCCGGUUCUCUGAAGGAGUUCAGGGGGACAUCCCACCAGAUCUCUUGUAAGACUCAUGUAAGAGGUAGUUCUUAGAAUGAGGAAACCAGAGCAGUGCAGGGUGUUAUAUAGACAAGAGGGGUAUACACCCACAAACUCUGAUUGGCCUGUUAAAACAUUUCCUUUCCUUGUUGAUGAACUUUGAAAAAAAUCUACCAGUCAAGUUUGGACA